AAAAGAUCCCCUUGGUUAUAAAAGAAUGUUAUGAUCUACUUCUUUUUUCUUUAACGUUUUCAUACUAUGCGUUUUGGCUAUUACUGCAUCACUGCGCUUGGAUUUCUUCAUCUUGUUUCUUGUCAAUCAGGCGGAAAUGGUGGCUCAUCGAAUAAUGGUAGCAGUAGUACAAAUGGUACCACUACCAAUAGCACCAUUUAUGAAGUGUUGAAUAGCACUGAGUCAAGUCCUGUCCAAUGGAUCUCUCAAUUUUUGCAAUCUUCUCCUAAUUACGAGUCUCUCAUUAACUUGCUUAAUCAGUCCGAGACAAACAUUACUGUUUUCAUUCCAUCGGAUCAAGUCUAUCAAGCGAUCAGCAGCUUUACGAACAGUACAAACAAUACAACUAGCGGCGGUGGUACAACCAAUGGUGGUACGAAUAAUGGUAAUUCGUCUAAUAGCAACUCGUCAAAUGGUAGCUCGUCUGGUGGCGGCUUAUCUACAAAUGGAUCUGAAAACAACAGUGCCUCCUUUAAUAUGUCUCAGUACUUUACUAGUCCUUACAUUAUGAACUUUAACAUGACCGAUGUGAUCUACUAUCAUAUCGUCAAUGAAUCGAUCCUUAUCCAGGACUUGUUUAGCAAUGAUACUAUGGGCAAUGCAACCGUUGUAAACUCACUGGUUUCGAAUGAUACAAUCAACAGACUAGGCUAUGGCGUACAACUGCUACUUCAAAAAAUCGAAGCCAAUCAGACCAACGGCACUGAGACAUCGGGCAAUCAAACCAACGGCACCGAGACUUCAGGUAAUCAGACCAACAGUACUGAGACAUCGGGUGAUCAAUCCCCUACCCUUGUCACUGAUGGCUCGUCCAAUAACAACACUGGAUCUAACUAUACGAUUGGCAACGGUUUUGGUUAUGCUACGAUCAAUACAACGCAAAUGGUCCAAACUUCCAACGGUAUCAUCUAUAUUAUUGAUAAAGUUUUGGUUCCUCCUGUUGAUUUUAACCUGACACUUGAAGCUCUGCCAAACAUCACUCAGUUUUCCAACUUGACUACAGAACAGUUCAACGUCACUCAAUUUGAACAGCUAUUCACAACACUCAACGCUACAAACUCAUCUGCUUUUGAAACCUUGGCAAACAUGACGAAUGCAACCUACUUUGUGCCCGUAGACAAUGCGUUUGCCACAACAGGACAGUCCCAAGUGGACAACCAAACCCUUCCUAACUUGUUGGCCGCACAUAUCGUUCAAGGUGUUUACUACACAACUAAUAUAACAAAUGCCACAGAGGACAUUACUGCACAAUCAUUAGCAGGACAAAGCAUUACUUUGAGUAAGAACGACACUAGCUUCUUUGUUAACAAUGCAACUAUCGUGGUUCCCAACAUCUUGCUUGACUCUGGAGUUAUGCAUUUGAUUGAUACAGUGUUGAAUUACACGUCUGGAACUGGAAAUAACACCACAGGAUCAAACAAUGGCACAGUCGUCCCUCCUCCUCCACCACCUGGAGGCAGUGGCGCAUCAAGUAGUGCUGCUACACCCACAAGUAACACGAUGAGCAGUGCAUCUUCUGGCCCUACAUCCUCUGGCUCUGAAACUUCUGCUGCUGCUACAAGUAGUAGUACAGGGGGCAGUACGCCUUCAGGUGCUUCAUCCACAACCUCUGCUUCGACCGGCAGUGGUACUGGUAACGCUUUCCCUACGCCUUCUACAGGGCCUUCCUCUGAAGCAAGCAUGAAUGCUCCGGCAAUGUACCUCGCUGCUGUAUUUGCUGUUGUUGCUUACGUAUUUUAGAUGUCAUCUGGAUGGUUUUUUUUUUUUUUUGGUAUAAUAAAGAGGAAG